AUGUCCAUUGGCGAUGGGAUCGAACCUACGACCUCAGAUAUACUUGGUGUUAUCAUAAUAACGGUGGCAUGUGUGGACAUGGGAAUGCUGAAGGGGUUCGCUGGCAUGGAGACAACGGGCCACGAGACUGAUGCUGUUCUCAUUGCUGUGGGGGUCCUCAUCAUUAUCGUUGCCGCUUUUGGCUGCUUCGGUGCUUGGAAGGAGAGCCCGAAGUUGUUAUAUAUUUUCGUUGGCUUUUUAAUUCUGAUCAUCUUACUGGAGCUAUCUGUGGGUAUAGCGGCGGCGGCACUACGACCACAAAUCGAAGGUACCAUGAAGACGCAGCUGCGAGCCUCGUUCAUCAAAAACAAGUCCACUAGAGAGGAAGACUCAGUUUACAGGGAAUUUUGGGACAAAAUUCAGAACAAUCUGGAAUGCUGUGGUGUCACCGGUCCCGAUAACUACGUAGCCUCGGAGCCUCGACUGAACCCCUCGUACAGCUGUUGCCCUCCCGAUGACUCCGACCGAGCUGUGGAGAUCAAACGAUCCGACUGCAUCUCACUAAGUAAAUAUUAUCAAGAGGGAUGUGAGGAUAAAGUACUGAGCACUGUGCAUAGCGCGGGAUUAUCAGUCAUUGUCUGUGGGAUACUGUUUUGUUUCUUGGAGGUGGUUGGCAUAGUGUUGGCAUUAUGGCUCGCUCACUCGAUCAAGAAUGACGGGAAAAGUCAGGAAACGGCCUAA